AUGGGCCUGGAGGAAAGCCACGAGGAGCCUAGAGUCAAAGCCCUCGAAUCUAAAGUCACUGUUAUGCCCAACGCACGCAGACGUAUGACGGUUGCACAUGCAGGCACCCCUAUAGGACUCUGGGAUAAAACGAAAGCAGACGAUGGGGAAAAACUGAAGACGGGUGUGAUAUUCUACUUCUGGACGAAUGCUGAGAUAGAGCAAGACUUCAAACACAAGGAGGGGCGUAAUGGGCAAACAAAAUAUUCACUGGCCGAGCAAGAGUUGAGGGAUGCUGGGGCUGAGAGCUGGACAGAAGAGCACUGGGUUCCACGAAACCUUCCGAGUAUUUCGAAGUGA